AGCGCAGAGCCACUCCUGCACCCACCGCUCCUUCCGACCCUGGAUCCUGUUACAACCGGCGGCCCCUGGCUCCCCAUCCGUGCGCUUGGACCCCAGACCCCUGGCUCCCUGUCUGCUUCCCAGAUCUCUAUCCGUGCUCCCCCAUCCCCAGAACCCAGACCCCAGACCCCUGAAUCUUCACUUCUGACCCUAGCCUCUGAACCACAGACCUCCAUCCGUGUUCCCAGACCCCAGGGUUCUGGUCCGUGCCCCUGGUCAUGCGCCACCUCGGGCUCUGGCUGCUCAGCGCGUUGUGGCUGCAGGUGCUCACCCCCAGCACCCCCCUGCCCCAGGUGGAGCAGUAUGAGGUGGUGUGGCCCCAGCGUCUGCCAGGACUGCGUGCCCGCCGAGCCCUGCCCGCUGGCCUGGAACUGUACCCAGAGAGUGUGAGUUAUGUCCUUGGUGCCCAAGAGCACACCUUCACCCUGCAUCUUCGGAAGAACAGGGACCUGGUGGGCUCGGGCUACACGGAGACCUACACGGCUGCCAAUGGCUCCCAGGUGACUGAGCAGCUGCAGGGGCAGGAUCACUGCUUCUACCAGGGCCACGUGGAGGGGCACCCUCUCUCUGCCGCCAGCCUCAGCACCUGCGAUGGCCUCAGGGGCUUCUUCCGGGCGGGCUCGGCUGUCCACCUGAUCGAGCCCCUGGGCGGAGGCGGUGAAGAGGGGCAGCACGCACUCUACAAAGCACAGCACCUGUUGCAAAAGGCGGGGACCUGCGGGGUCAGCAACACCAGCCUGGAGAGCAUCCUGGGCCCGCGCACCUCCGCCGCCUUCAGGCCCCGGAACUGGCCACCAUCCCAAGAAACCCGCUAUGUGGAGCUGUAUGUGGUCACCGACAGCACAGAGUUCCGGAAGUGGGGGAGCAGAGAGGCCGUGCGCAGGCGGGUGCUGGAGGUCGUGAACCACGUAGACAAGCUUUAUCAGGAACUCAAGUUCCGUGUGGUCCUGGUGGGCCUGGACAUCUGGAACUAUAUGGACAAGAUUCAGAUCAGCUCCCAGGCCAGCGCCACGCUGGACAACUUCCUCGAGUGGCGGGCACAGAACCUGGUGGGGCGGCACCCUCAUGACAACGCACAACUCAUCACCGGGGCCGACUUCGAUGGGACCACUGUGGGACUGGCCAAGGUGUCUGCCAUGUGCUCCCGGGACUCGGGGGCUGUGAACCAGGACCACAGCGAGAACCCCAUUGGCGUAGCGAGCACCAUGGCCCACGAGAUGGGCCACAACCUGGGCAUGGACCACGACAACAACAUCCAGGGCUGCUACUGCCCCGCCCCACGCAACAGCGGCGGCUGCAUCAUGGCACCCAGCCUCAGCUUCCCAUUCCCCAGAACGUUCAGCCACUGCAGCCGGACCGACCUGGAGACGUUCGUGGAGAAGCCCCGUACCACCUGCCUGGCGAAUUCUCCAGACGUUGACCGCCUGGUGGGCGGCCCUGUGUGCGGGAACGGGUUUGUGGAGCACGGGGAGCAGUGUGACUGCGGCAGCCCACAGGACUGUCAGAACCACUGCUGCAAUGCCACCACCUGCCAGCUGGCCGAGGGGGCCGAGUGUGCCCAAGGUGCCUGCUGCCAUGAGUGCAGGGUGAAGCCAGUCGGCAAGCUGUGCCGCCCCCGCAAGGACACCUGUGACCUAGAGGAAUAUUGUGAUGGCCAGCGGCCAGCCUGCCCAGAGGACGCCUUCCAGGAGAACGGCACGCCGUGCCCGGAGGGCUACUGCUACGACGGGACCUGCCCCACGCUGGCCCAGAGGUGCCAGGACUUGUGGGGGCCAGGCUCACGUGCCGCCGCGGAGGCGUGCUACACCUUCGGUGUCUCACCAGACUGCAGGAGCAGCGGCGGCCGUGGCUCCAGCAGGGUCCAGUGUGGCAUCUUGUUCUGUGAGGGUGGGCAGAAGCCUUCAGAGCGGGGCUCCUGCACCAUCUCCCCCUACCGCUCAGUCGAUUGCCAGGCUCUUCAGCUGGACGGUGGUUCUGGGUACGAGCGGGUGCUCGAAGGCACCAAGUGCGGCGAUGAGAGGGUGUGCUGGAAAGGACUGUGCCAGGACCUCCAGGUUUACCGAUCCAGAAACUGCUCCGCCCAGUGCAGUGGCCGUGGGGUGUGCAACCACAAGGGGAAGUGCCACUGCGACCCAGGCUGGGCCCCACCACACUGCACAGAGCUGCUGGCCGACGCACACACAGCGUCCGGGAGCCUCCCGAUGGGCGUGCUGGUGCCUGUGUUGCUCCUGGUGGCUGUGGCACUCACCUUGGUAGGCGUGGUCGUCUACCGCAAGGCUGGGAGUGGCAUCCGCCGGAGCAGGAACGUGGCGCCCAAGACCGCCGUGGGGCUCUCCAACCCUCUGUUCCACGAGGGGGGCAUUGGGCCAGCGAAGGGCAGGGCUCCGGCCCCCACCGUGGGCUCCCCAGAGCCGGUCGCUGCCAUGCAUACCGUCCACCCUGGCCAGCUCCCCAAGCCCACUGCUGCUACAGUGACCCCUAAACGGCCGCCCCCUGCUCCUCCGGCCGCCAUGUCCAGCUCACCCUUCCCAGUUCCCAUGUACACCCAGCAGGCCCCAGCCCAGCUCAGACCUGCUCCUCCCACCAAGCCCCUCCCGGAGCUGAAGUCCAAACAGGUGGUCAAGCCAACCUUUGCGCCCCCGGUGCCACCAGCCAAGCCCAGAGCUGAAAGGACCAACCCUGGACCUGCUGAGGGAGUCGUUGGCCCAAAGGUUGCUCUGAAGCCCCCUGUCCAAAGGAGGUGAUGGACUCGAGCUCACAGCACCCUUGGGGCUUCGGCACACCUGCCUGCAAGCUGUUGUUCAUGUUGAAAGAGCCCUGUGCCAGCCGAUGCAGCGCCUCUGCCCAGGCCCUGGGUGUCCCUCUGGGUUGGGUCCACUGUGAGAAGUCCCAGCAGAAGAGACACCUCCUCAUGGCCAAGGUCUUGCUUCAGCCUCCCAGGGUCACAGCCAAGGGCCUCUCUGUCAGGACUCCGCUGGUGUUCCUGACCUCUCUCCCACCUUGGCCACAUUUAGCUAUGCCAGGCUACUGUGUGUGGCCUGUGUGUGCAUGUCUCCAGAUGGCUGCUGCCUUCCCCAGGGUGCUGAGGAGGCUCCCUCAGGCCGACUGCACUUGCUGUCAGGCCUGCUGCGCCCUCCUUGCUCCAGGCCCUCAAGGUGGAAGGCUGUGCGUGCUGUGCGUGCUGUGCGUCCCAGGAAGACCCCUCCUGCCAGUGUGCUGAACAGCAGGUUAGCACACCCAGACUGCAAGCCCCUCAAUCUUCGGAGCCUGAUAUUUAAGGAAAAAAAGCCUAUUUUUACCAUUAAAUUAUUGCUUGACUUUUAAAUGACUUGAGAUUUUUAUUAGAUGGAUGAAAUACGGGGCAAAC